AAGAAAGAAGAUUAUCAUCUCUUUUAGGCGAUAAUGGGCUUUUAAUUCAGCAUAAGCCCAACUUGAUGCACACGUUUCUAUUAACAAAACUUUAGAGCGAGAUGUUUAAAAUCCUACACAUUUUGGAUAAAACUGGUAUAUAUUCUGUUUUUACAUUCGCAAGUCUGCAUAUCCAUCCAAUUUCUACAAUUACGGUAAUUAGUUUUAAGAAUCUUGGAGUAAUUUAUAAUAUAUAUAUUUCCAUAGUUGGAAGUUUCAUAUUUCUUAUACAUAAAUUUAAAAAUCUUUAAGAUACCGACUUGGCAUACAAGAAUGAUUUAUUUCCAUUAUUAAUUCUCUCAUUUAAUUCUCAUAUAUCUCUCUUUUGCUAUAUAAUAAGAUGAAUACGUCUCCUUUUUCCACACACUUAAAAGCUACACACAAGAAGAAAAAAAAGUUAUAUUCAUUCGUUUGAAAUGGCUGCAAUGAACAUGGCUCUCGAGAAAAAGAUCGAAGCUGACGUGAAUUUGAAUUCUAAUGGUGGCAAAAGGGCUUACGUCACUUUCCUCGCUGGAAACAAAGACUAUUGGAUGGGUGUGGUCGGUCUAGCCAAAGGACUGCGCAAGGUGAAAUCAGUCUAUCCACUCGUUGUGGCCUGUCUUCCGGAUGUGCCAGAAGAACACCGUCAAAUCUUGGUGGCUCAGGGAUGCAUCAUCCGUGAGAUUGAACCGGUCAUUCCACCAGAAAACAUAAUUGGUUAUUCCAUGGCUUACUUUGUUCUCAACUACUCCAAACUUCGUAUUUGGGAGUUUGUGGAAUAUGAGAAGGUGAUGUAUUUGGAUGGAGACAUUCAAGUGUUUGGUAACAUUGACCAUCUUUUCGACACUCCUUCCGGUUACUUGUACGCGGUUAAAGAUUGCUUUUGCGAAAUUUCAUGGUGCAACACUACUCAAUACCAGAUCGGUUACUGCCAACAGUCACCCGAAAAGGUAACAUGGCCGGUGGAAACUCUCGGUUCUCCGCCGCCUACCUAUUUCAACGCUGGUAUGUUACUGUUUGAACCAAAUCUUGUCGUGUACGAGGAUCUCCUUCGUGUUGUUCAGAUCACCGCUCCAACGUAUUUUGCUGAACAGGAUUUUCUGAAUAUGUAUUUCAGAGACACCUACAAGCCAAUUCCUUCCACCUACAACCUUGUAUUGGCAAUGUUAUGGCGUCACCCGGAACAUGUUGACCUUAACCAAAUCCGUGUGGUCCAUUACUGCGCAAAUGGCUCAAAGCCAUGGAAAUAUGAUGAAACCGAAGAGCACAUGGAGCGUGAAGACAUAAAAAUGCUUGUGAAGAAGUGGUGGGAGAUUUAUGAAGAUCCAAGUUUGGACUACAAGAACUUUAUGGAAACUGAGCCUAAGUUGAAUCCGAUCGCUACUGCAGUCUUAGCGUCCAAGGAGUCUGAUGGUGAUGUUCUCACGAGCCUUGCCCCCUCAGCAGCAUAGCCAAUCUUUUAGCCGAAGCUAUGCAACCUUUUUUUUGUUUUCUGUUUUUUUUUGGUUUCAAUAGAGGUUUAGCUAUAUAUAUAAUUUUAUCAUAAUUAUAUAUAGCGAGCUCGUUAUGUUUGUGAGAUUAGAGGUGGUUGGUCUUGUGUUUUGGUUAGCCUUUUGUGUCAAUGCCGACCUUGAUCAACCAUGCAUGCCUUUGCCUCUUUUGUUUUAUCAUUAAUUAAUAAUAACAACUUUCUUUUGGCUUUCAUUCGUUCAUUCUUUUGCAAAACAAUUUGAUAUAUAUUUUAUCGAAAGCUAAGAUGAUUUUUAGUAUAAUUAUGAAUAAUAUUACAAGUCUCUCGCCACCUUAAAUCCAGUGUUGUCAAUUGCGGUGUUUAUUUUUAGGACUGGUUCUUCUUUUGUAACCAAAGUUUCCUUUCAAUGAGUUUUAAGCUGGACGAAUCAAUUUAGUACGGCAGCUCUUUCUUCUGCUGCUUUGUUGCAUCUUUAUGCUUUGGAGGAUUAUUAGACGUGUGCUUGUGUAUGAGUACACCUUUUGAUUUCCCAAUAACGAAGUGUGAGUCUUAGCCUUUUUCUGGCUAUCUGACAUGAUAAUGAGGGUUAGUUUGUCCAACGAUAAUGAUGGUAGCACUACAUACAUCCUUAUGUGUUGACAGCUGACUAAACCAAUACGGCAAUACCAACUAGAAUAUGCAGCCUAGGAGUUUUACAAGCAUCAACAUCAUCCGUAAGUUGCACGUAAGAAACAAAACAAGAAAUUAAAGGGACUGUUUCCUUGGUUACUAAGUAGCACCUGGAAGACCGAUAACAGAGGGCCACAAAACCGAUAUUUGGAUAUUCAGCUCUCAACCACUAAUAUAAUAUAAUCUGAGUACUACUGCUUAUGAGAAUAAUCGUGUGUUGCAAGUCAUCAACUUGAUAUGGCAGCGAUGCACAGAGUAAUAUUACCAAUCACGUUUAUCAACAAAUAAAAAGCUCACAGUUAUCACCAAGAGUCAAAAGAAUUAAUAUAAUUUUACAGUUAGUGGAGCAAGAGCUUCUUUAGCCUCAUCAGAAGAGAGCUCCACCAAGCAUGAGAAGAGAGCUCCACCAUGCAAAGGCACCUGAACAAAAAGAACAAGAGUCAUGUAAGCUAUCAAAUAGCUGCUUGAAUAAAGAGAGCUCUCACCACCAUUGGGCUAUGAAAAUGUUAGUCAAAGCCCAUUUGAGGCCCAUAAUAUUAUGUUUUUUCUGCACCGACCACUAGUUGUAUUGUUGUAAUAAAACCUCACAAAAGUCGCAAGUGUAGAGAUUCCGUUGAUCCAGCUGCUGCUUCUGCACUCUCGUUCUCCGAUAACGGUGACACCACCCCUACAAUCUCUGUUGUAAUCAGCAAGG